GAAGCGAUUCCUUGCCUUGCGCUCGGUUCCCUUUGCUGCCUUCAGCUGCAACUCAAUUCUGGGCGCGGGAAGGAGUCGGCGGGCGUCUCUCUCGCUCCCACUGCCAUGGCGUCCGGACCGGCGUCGGGGCGCCGCGGCGUCGGGGUGCUUUGGGCCGGUCUGAUCUCCGCCUGGGCGCUGGCCGGGAGCAGCUCCCAGCAGCCCGCAGACGACAGUGUGGUGCGGCUGUCUGGUGGGGUGUUCCAAAUCGGGGCAGGUUUCUUGGAUGGUAAAAAAGGAGACGGAGCCUUCAGGAUAGUCAAACCGUUCCUGGUGGACAAAUAUCCAGUCACCAACAAGGACUUCCGGGAGUUUGUGAGAGACCAGAAAUACAAAACAGAAGCUGAGCAAUACGGGUGGAGCUUUGUCUUUGAGGAUUUCGUCCCCGAAGAGCUGAAGAAGAAAGUGACACGGAAACUCGAGUCUGCCCCGUGGUGGCUUCCUAUCGAGAAAGCAUUUUGGAGACAGCCCGCAGGUCCCGGAUCUGGCAUCAAGGAGAGGCUGGACUUCCCGGUGCUGCACGUGAGCUGGAACGAUGCCCAGGCCUUCUGCGCGUGGAGAGGGAAGAGGCUGCCGACCGAGGAGGAGUGGGAGUUUGCUGCCAGGGGGGGCCUGGAGAACAGGUUGUAUCCUUGGGGGAACAAAUUCCUCACCAACCGUACGAACCUCUGGCAGGGCAAUUUUCCUGCUGUCGACACAGCCGAAGACGGCUACCAUGGGGUCUCCCCAGUGGCUGCGUUUCCUCCUCAGAACAACUACGGCUUAUAUGACCUGUUAGGAAAUACCUGGGAAUGGACAGACUCAGAGUAUAGUCCAGAGGGGCCUACCGGGGUCCGCCAUUCUGCUCAGGGGAUGCGUGUUCUGCGGGGAGCCUCUUGGAUUGACACGGUGGACGGAUCAGCCAAUCACAAGGCUCAGCUGAUGACAAGGUCUGACCCUCUGGAGCAGCAGGAAAUAAGCUUGCUCCAUCUUCCACGUGGCAGCCCUUCAGAAAUUGGAAGAGGGGUCUUGUUUCACCUCUCCAGGCUCAACAUGCCCAACACCCUCAGCUGCUCCCCGUAAAAGGCUUGGCUUCCAGACCCUUCAUCGUCUGGGUCACCCUUCCCUGCAAGUGUUUCAGGGAGGUUGAUGGGAGUUUGAGUCCAGCCACGUCCAGAGGGUACCAGAUUGUGGGAGGCUGAGCUGCAGAACACUGCAGAAUAAACGGAUUAUAACUUGGAAGCGCACAGAGGCGCCUGUUUGAUCAUAGGAUUCUAGAGUUGGAAGGAGACCAAAUGGUCCUCUAGUCGAACCCCCUGCUAUAUGAAGAACCCUGUAGACAUCACUAAGCAAGUGAUUUGAGGAAGCAAGAUGUUGCUGUGCAAUGAACAAAAGUCGACAUCCAAUAAAUAAAGCACAUUUAUUCAUUCUUAAAUCAAUCCCUCCCCUAGAAAACCAAUCCAUUCCCUUCCGUGUGUGCAGCUGUAAUAAAUAGUCAUAAUAAAUAUUUCACACCCCUGA